AUGUCGUCCACAUCACCAUUGGUUUCAAUUGCCCUUAUUCUCGGCAUACUCACAUCAGUAACCCAGGGGGUUUCUGUUGGUGAUGUUUUUGAUAUCAAGUCAGGCACCACGAAGGGAGGGUGCGACGGGAAAAACAUUGACGGAUGGUUUGCAGAUACCGUGACUCUGGCAAACUCUGCUUCAACUGGUGCAGCAGCUACAGACCAAGAUAGUAGGAAGUAUCUGAAGACAUUCUUCAGUAUUGGCCCCCAAGAUGAUGCAACACAGGCCGGAGAGCAAAAAUGGGACGAUGUAGCAUUCGACGACGUAACUGGACUCCCACGUGUAGAUGGAAAGAAAGUCCAGGACGUCUUUCCAAAGGAUACGACCGGCUUAGUGCCUUUCUGGUCUGACGACCUUCGACAAUAUCUAAAGGCAGACUCUGGGGACUAUUGCUCAGAUAGUGAAAAUCUAGCAGCGACCCAAGAUCAAACCGCUCCGAGCACCAUUACACUCUGUAUCGGCAAUUUUCUAGGCACCCAGGGAGAUACUCUUGCCAAUGUCCCUUCAGUUACAAAGGAAAAGGUUUCGGUCUCGACAUUACAAGUUCACUCCUUGACACUAUUCCAUGAGAUGUUCCACCUCGUUCUCGGGACUAAAGCGACACCAGAUCAUAGCUACAACCUGAACUCUAUUGUAAGAUUUGGGACAACAAAAGCUAUUCAAAACCCAGAGUCCUACACAUUUUAUGCUUUAGCAUAUUUUCUAGGACAGAACACGCAAUUCACGUUUGCCAACUCGAAAUCGGCAAACAGGCCGCCACCAGCAAACCCGAAGAGAUCUGCAGGGGAUUACGUGAGUAUGCUGGCGAGAUUCCAGCUGUACAAGCAAGACCUGCCACAGGGUGUUUGGGUGGCUUAG